CCCAGUAGCUUUUGUUUUCCUUAAGCUGGAGGGUGGAAGAGGAAGAGGAGCAGCACAAUGAAGGACUCCGAAAUACUGAAAUUCAUCUGCGCUAAUCAGGGAGCAGUUAACACCGAUGAAUUACUUUAUAAUCUGAAUCCUGGUGAUUCCACGGAUUUUUCGGAGAUUAUUCUUCAAAAUGAUCAGUUUGCUUUGUGCCAUCCCUUCGGGCAGCCGAAGGUGGUGGCCCGGACCAGCCUGAAGCUGUGCAGAGCCAGAGACUGUCAGGGGUCCUGCAAGGGCUUACACAUGUGUAAAAACUUCCUCUUCAGCGGAUCCUGCAAAUUCACUCAGACCAGGAGAGGAUGCACCUUCUCCCAUGAUAUGCACUCUGACCUCAAUCUGGGGAAACUGAUUGAGCAUGAGCUGGAGAGUCUGAGCAGGACAGAACUGUGCACACUGCUGCUGCAGAGCGAUAACACGCUCCUGCCUCAGAUAUGUCACGAUUACAACAAUGGUGAGGGGUUGCACGGCCGGUGUCAGGAAGGUGACAGUUGCAAGAGACUGCACAUCUGUGAGAGAUACGUGAUGAACGACUGCAACUGCUACAGAACUCAUGAUUUCGGUGCUCCACAGCCAUUAAAAAACUUGCAGGAUAGAGGUGUGCCCGACCAUCUCUUUCGCUCCUUGAAGACAACUUAUGCAAAUAAAAAAGCUUUGUGGUUCUCAGUCAAAAAGGGUGAUGGGGGCAAUCGUGAACCGCAACACAGCAAUGAUGGAGUGAAAGAGGGGGAAUGGGAUGGGAACAUUCCAAUGGCUGCCAGAGGGAGAGGUGGUUAUCGGGGCAACAGAGGCAAUAGAGGCAAUAGAGGCAACAGAGGCAAUAGAGGUAACAGGGGAAAUAGAGGUAACAGGGGCAACGGUCAAGAGCAGCAACUAACCCGUUCCACUAGUGACCUCCUGGCUGAAAUCAGUUCCGGUUGGGAUCCAAGUGACGACAACAUUGACGUCUUUGGUGCUGCCAAUGACAGUGAUGCGAGCAGCGACUAUGGUUCCAACAGACCAACUUUCAAUGUUUACAGAGGGAGAGGUGGUCAGUGUAACAGAGGUAACAGAGGUAACCAUCAACAGCAGCAACGCACCCAUUCCACCAGUGACAUCCUAGGUGCUGUCGACGCCACAGAUGACGGGCCAAACAGGAGACCCAGAGAAAGACCUUCCAGAGAUAAAACUGAGAUAUGUAUGUACUUCAUCAAAGGACACUGUAAACAUGAAGAUCGCUGUUUUAAGGCUCAUGACAAAAUGCCGUACAGGUGGCAGAUCAGAGAGGAUGACCAGUGGACCAACUUACCUGAUAACGAAACAAUUGAAAAGGACUACUGUGAACCUAAAAACUCAUACAGUUCCACCAGUCUACCUGUGUAUUUUGACACGAUGACCCGUGGGGCGAACCAAGUGCGACGACUCUCUACUAUUAACUCUUUAAAGGAGCCGACCUUUAUCCACACCACGGAAUGGGUUUGGUACUGGGAAGAUGAGUCUGCAAAGUGGAACUUGUACGCUUCAGCUAUUGGUGGACACAACCCAGCAGACAUGGACAGUGCUAAGCUGGAGGAGAAAUUUCUGGAAAAUAACAAGGAUGUAGUGGAGUUCACCGCUGGUUCACAGUCAUAUUCACUCAGUUUCCAAGACAUGAUACAAACAAACAAGAGGUAUGGUACUAAGAGGCUUGUGAGAAGACGUCCUCGGUUUGUUUCUGCAGCAGAUGUCCGAACAGCGAAAAAGAGAAGGCCUCUGGUUCAACCAAGUUUCACUGCUAUACCAGACCACUGGGACAAGACACAGAUUCCUGAAAUAGGAUACAAGAGUGUUGCCCUCAACCGCUCCUUAGAUGAAUACAAGGAGAUUGAAGCUCUUUUUUGUACAACAAUGAGAGGAUUUGCCAUUGUCAAAAUUGAGAGGAUUCAGAACAAAGCUCUUUGGGAAGUCUAUCAGUGGCAGAAGGAUCAAAUGAAGAAAAACAGUGGGCCUAGUGUGACAGAGAAAAAACUUUUUCAUGGCACUGACUCUCAAUAUGUACCUGCCAUCUGCAAGGCCAACUUUGACUGGAGAAUCUGUGGAACUCAUGGAACUGCUUAUGGCAAAGGUAGUUACUUUGCCCGGGAUGCCAAAUACUCCCACAACUACACUGGCAACUCUGAUGUUGUGAAGUCCAUGUUCGUCUCACGGGUGCUGGUGGGGGACUACACCAGAGGGUCUUCCAGCUACGUCCGACCUCCUUCUAAGGAUGGCGGGGACGUGAACUUCUUUGACAGCUGUGUAGACGACGUUAUGAACCCUUCCAUCUUUGUUGUGUUUGAGAAGCAUCAGAUCUACCCUGAAUACCUGCUGCAGUACAAGAGCACCAACCCAUUUGCAUCACCUGCACCUGCACCUGCACCUGCACCGGCGCCAGCUCCAGCUCCUGCACCAGCACCGAAACCAAGACCAGUACCGGCACCAAGACCAGCUGCCCAACCCAGCACACCAGUUUAUCAACCCAGUGCAUCAUUUUAUCAACCCAGCACAGCCUCAUACCAAACACACACAUCAGCUUACCAACCCAGCACAGCCUCAUACCGAACCCAGACAUUGCCUUACCAACCCAGACAAUCUCCUCCAUCUCCCCCACCAAUCCCAGCCCGAAAGAAACAGUCUGAUUCCUGUGUCAUUGCUUAGGACUAAAGGUUACAUGGAACACUUUGGCUAAUUAGGUGGUUUGAUUACAUAUAGUAAUAAUAAUAUCUACUGAAGUGUGCAAUGCAUGGCUUCCAUGCAGAAUAUGACAAUGUCAUUUAAAGUGCCUAUUUAUGUGUAAGAAAAAAAAUACACUAAAAUAAUUCAAAUUUAAAAAGUCCACUAGAAAAAAAAUAGUGAACAACUAUUAUUAAUGACAGAGCUAGCCAAGCAGCAACUAAAUCACAUGGAAGUGUGGUGGUGGAAACUAACAUUAAAUACAUAAGAAACACCUUUUUACUGUCAAUCUAAUGAAAAGUAGCAGUUGGUAAAAUGUAUCAUAGACCUGCUGAGUGCUCUGGAAAUUUCACACAUUACUAUAUGAAUACUCAUGCUUCAUGGCUGUAUUUAACCUUCCUGCUGCACAGCUUCACAACAAGCAGGGGGCGACAGAAUCCUCUUUCGACAUUGUGAAAGUAAGAUGGAAAUGAAUAGCUUCAUUUGCAUAAUGUAGAUUUUUGAGAAGAAUAUUUGAGCCAUCGUUUCUGUUUCAUGCAAAGGGUUUAUCGUUGUUAUUUAAAACACUACUUAAAUUGGUUUGUUUCAUUUGAUUAACAUUAAGAUUACACAAACUAAAAUUAUUACCAUUUCCCAAAUUAUUGUACUGUUUGCAAUCACUAUUGAUUUUUGUACUUUGAAAAUAAAUUCAGUACUCAUGUUAAGUGC